AUGAAGAUUCCUGCCAUGGACGUCAAAGUAGAACAGAAGCAACCCCUUCUGCAAAACAAGGCGGCAGGAGAGACGGUCCAAGAAGAACAGCAAACCAAUCCGGAAUAUGCAUCACAGACAAAGCAACCAAAAACCCCAAAACAAAAACUCAUGAGAAAAACCUUCAAAGGAACAGCCAUUUUGUCCAAGCUUCUGCCGACAGGUUCGGCCCUCACAUUCCAAUUACUGUCCCCUGUUUCAACAAACCGAGGCCAAUGCAAAACCCAUGUGAGCCAAUACUUGACGCUAGGCCUUGUGGCGUCUUGCGCCAGCUUGUGUUUCUUUCUUUCUUUCACGGAUAGUUUUAGAGAUGACAGAGGCAAGGUUCGGUAUGGCGUGGCUACAUUUAAAGGGUUAUGGGUGAUGGAUGGGCCCGUGAAACUUUCAGCAGAGGAGGCAUACAAGUAUAGGCUGAAGUUCAUUGAUUUUGUCCAUGCCUUGGUGUCCAUAAUGAUUUUUACAUCGCUUGCUCUGUUUGAUCAAAAUGUUGUCAAGUGCUUUUAUCCAACGCCAUCAGAGGAGACCAAAGAGCUGCUAAUGUUAUUGCCUGCUUGCAUUGGAGCCAUUGGCAGCCUUUUGUUUGUUUCAUUCCCUACCAAGCGCAAUGGAAUUGGCUGCCCUCUCUCCAAAAAUUAA